CAAACCCACCCUCAAAUGACCGAACUCUACCCUUCCCCUCUCCUAUAUAAACCCUCCUUCACUCCUUCAUUUUCACACAACCUAAACACCAUUUCUCCCCUUUUUGGCCGAACACAAAACCAUCUCUCCUUCAUAUUAAUUGUUUUGUAUCCUUCUCCGCCGUCUAUGUAUUCUGCCGGGGGAUUCAUGGCGUUCUCGGUGGAGCAGAACGGGGAGGACGUUGGCAGAGGUUUCGGUGUCUCUGAUGUCGUUCCCGGCGAGGGGCUUGCUUUGAGGGAGUGGCGAAGGCAAAACGCGAUUCGAUUGGAGGAGAAGGAGAAGAAGGAGAAGGAGAUGAGGAUGCAGAUUAUAGAGGAAGCGGAUGAGUACAAAGUUGAGUUCUACAAGAAGCGUGAGGUUAAUGUGGAAAAACAAAAACAAUCGAGCAGAGAGUUCAAGCUAUUUUUAGAAAACCGAGACAAGUUUCAUGCUGAAGCCGACAAGAACUACUGGAAGGCAAUUGGCGAACUCAUACCCCGUGAAGUUGCAGCUAUAGAGAAAAGAGGGAAGAAGGAUAAAGAGAAGAAGCCUUCUAUUGUGGUAAUUCAGGGUCCAAAGCCAGGGAAGCCAACUGACCUUUCAAGAAUGCGCCAGAUACUAUUGAAGCUCAAGCAUAAUCCCCCUCCACAUAUGAACGCCAAGCCACCACCAUCAUCAGAAUCCAAAAAGGAUGCCAAAACUGGGCCCCCUGAUGGUGCUAGUACAAGUAAUACUUCACCUCCCAGUGGUGCGCCAGCAGCAACUCCUGAGACUGUAACGGCAUCUUGAAAAGUUUAUGCUAGAUCAUUAAUCUAUAUGUAAAUAUGAUUUGUCUAGUUUGUGAUGAACUGAUAGCUUAAGUUUGCGAUCGUCUAUUCAUCUUAGUCUGCUAGUCUGUCAGUAGUUUAUGUGUAAAUAUAUGUACUGGUUAUGCUUGCAUAGUGUAUCGGUAAAUAUUCUCCUCUUAGAACCUUUUAUAAUUGAUGUAUCGGUAAAUAUUCUCCUCUUAGAACCUUU